AGUGCAAGCGACAUCUUGUUUGUAACGUGCAUAUGGAAGUUAAUGCGGGCAUAGAAAGCCAUGAGAAGCGCGUGGGGCGGACCGAGAAGCUUUUGUCACAUAUCUCAAUACCCAUCUCUAGUUAAAAACCAUCAACAGAAAGUUUCCAUAAAACAGGAACGCGGGCUCUGAAGGGCUCUGGAGUGUACCCAAUUUUCCUUCUCGCCCUUCUUUUCAAUGUCUUCCGACGGAAAUUCAAAAUGGAAGGCCGGAGACUCAUCGAAGUUGCACAUCAUUUUGCUCAUUUUGUGCACAAAUUUGACCUCUAUUUUCCUCUUCUCCGGCCCAUUUCACUGGAUUCCCCUGCAGUAUCUCCACCCCGACAAUGACUCCACCCACAGCCAAAAUCUCUCCUCAAAUCGUGCAAUGCAGGGGAACGAGGAGCUAAUAGCGAGUCUUAACCAGACAAGGCGGGAGCUACAAUCAUCAAAAGAGCUCUCGGAAGAACUAAAAGCCCAGAUCGCUCAGCUCACACAGUUUCUGAGAUCCUCUGUUCAACACCCAAACAGCAAUGACCCAGACGACCCAUGGCUGAAGUGGGGAGGAGGAUCGCUGCCGGCGGAGCUGAGGGAAUUCAUUUCCCCAAAGAAGCUUCCUCUGGGGAACAGUCCCAACAUCGGAUCAGACACCAUUUAUCCCUCUGUGGGACAGGCAUGUGCAUUGUUCAAGGAUGAUCUCAACCAGUACAUGGACUAUAAGCCCGGGGAGCUCUGCCCUAAAGACGAAGUUCUGGCCCAGAAGCUCCUGCUCUGGGGCUGCGAACCGCUCCCCCGCCGCCGCUGUAUUCCCCACAAUUCCCCCAAUUACCAGGAACCGUUCCCAUUUACUGACUGUAUGUGGACCACUCCGCCCAAUUCCUCUGUCGUCUGGACUGCUUACACCUGUAAAGAUUGCGCCUGCCUCAUCGACAGAAAAAACCACCCGGGUUUCGACGACUGCAAGGACUGUUUCGACCUUCAAUUCAGGGAGAAGACCCGCUGGCUCCGCCCUGGUGGAUCCAUCGAUUACUCCAUCGAUGAAGUUCUGGCCCUGAAAAAGGGCACAAUCCGCAUCGGGCUCGACAUUGGCGGCGGAACGGCGACCUUUGCAGUCCGGAUGCGGGAGCGGAACGUGACGAUUGUGACCACAUCCAUGAAUUUUAAUGGGCCUUUCAACAAUUUCAUUGCUUCUAGAGGAGUCGUGCCGCUUUACAUCACCAUUACUCAGCGCCUGCCCUUUUUCGACAACACUCUUGAAGCCUGCUGAGACUGCAAAUGGCAGUAGUGUGACCAUCUUGUCUAAUAGGGAGUCUGUCAAGCAGAAUCAGCCACCUAAAACAUCUGAUUUUAGGCUCAAUAGGGCCGAGAAUAUCAAAAUACUUUUUCCAAGACACAGCAUCAAGAGAAGAGUACCAAACAGUAUUGAUAUGAUUAAUGAUAAUUAAAAGUAUAUCAUA